GCGAACCGGCUCCGCUUCACGCGGUUCCCCUCCCCGCAGCCUUCCCGGGGGGAAGCCACCACCGACUCGCUCCCUCCAAACCCCACCACACCCCUCGCCGCCUCCUCCGACGCCGCAUUUCACUCCCCGGCACCGCGGGCGGGCUACCCGCUAGGGUUCGGCGCCGCUCCUCCCAGCCGGCGAGGGGUGAGCUCCGGCGGGCCAGCAUGGGGUUGGUGCACUACCGGUACCGGAGCGGGGUGCAGACCUUCUCCUUGCCGAUUCCCGGCGCCUUCGCCUCCGUCGCCGAGCUCAAGCGGCUGAUCGCGGCCACGGGGCGGCACGGGACCGGCCGGACACGGGGCCGCGGCCCGCGGGACGGCAUCGCGCUCUGCGACCCCCGUACCGGGGAAGAGUACGUUGAUGAGAAUACCUUGAUUCCUCAAAAUUCUACAGUGGUGGUCCAUCGGGUUGCUGGACAUCCGACAGACGCGAUUAUCACUUCGCCCAUAGUCUUAGAGAAUGAUGGGAUGGCAUCCAACAAGCCAGUUACUGAAUCAACAUUGAAAUCAAGUGGAUUUACUGAAGCUGAUGAUGAAGAGGCAGCAUCAAUGAGAACUGUGAUUGAUGCAGCUGAGAUUAAGUGGGGAGUUUCUUCAUCUGGAGGUGGAUAUGAUGGCGGAGGUGGACAGUUGGGCCACCGUUAUGGUCGUCCGUUGGAAGGAGAGGCACCGCCUCCUGGCUAUGUCUGCCGCAUUUGUCAUAUUCCUGGACAUUUCAUUUGGCAUUGCCCAUCAGAGAGCAAGCCACCUCCACCUGGCUAUAUCUGCCACAAAUGUGGAGUCCCAGGGCACUUUAUUCAUUCUUGCCCAAAUUAUGGCGACACGAAAUAUGAUUCCAGAAGAACCAGUUCACUGAUUCCCAUAAUAUCUAGCUCUGAUAAUGGCAUCCCAGCAGAACUUGCCCGGGCCAUGUCUAGCAGUGUCAGUGAUAGCUUGCCAGCAGAACUCCACUGCCCACUAUGCAAGAAGGUUAUGACAGACGCAAUGUUGACAAGCAAGUGCUGUUAUGAUAGUUUCUGUGAUAAAUGCAUCCGGGACUACAUUAUUGCGCAAUCAAAUUGCAUUUGUGGUGUCGAAAUACUUGUAGAUGACCUAAUUCCCAAUCAUACUCUUAGAAGUACAAUCUCAAGCAUGUUGUCAUCAAGGGGUGGUGGCAUUUCAAGUGGUACAGGGAAUCUUGCAAGCUCCAUUAGCAGCAAUUUAGAUGGCAAAUCUAUCAGCUUCUCCGCUUCAGCUGUGUUAAAAGGGGACAACAAGCAACAUAUGGACAGUGCGCCAUCAAUUGCUGCUGAAGGCAGUCUCCUGAUAACUGUGUGCAAGAAUCCAGUAGGUCAUCAUGAGAAAUUGAAACAUUCUGAUCUCCAGAGUAAAACUGAAGAGACCGAAAAAGCAUCAGUGAAGAAGACCAUAGCAGUGGCAGGUGCCAUGGAAACCGCUCCAGAACUAAGACGUCAGAAACGGUUGCCACCUGAUGGGGUAGUAAUAGUUUCAGGGAACCUUCAGCGAAAAGUGGUUAAGAGUAAGUCAUCAAAGAAGCAAAAGAAGGCUGGCACAACUGGAAAGGGUGACACCAACUGUGAUGAUUAUGAUUGCAACAUUCCAUUUGAGCCAUCAUGCUACAACUCUUCAUUUGGACUUGGAGGACUGCCUUGGGGAGCUGAUCCUUACAGCAUGUACUUUAUGUCUAAUAUGGCUUCCAGCGGCUACCCUAUGGGCCUGUAUAAUGUCAAUGGUAUCAGUAACUUACCACUGCACGCUCCUGGAAUGCAAGGCUACCCAGCAAGCUAUUACAGCAGUGGAUUCCAGCCCACAGUUUUCCAGGAUCAUGAAGCUUCUGCACACGCAAGUCUGUCCAACAGCCACAAGGGAGCAGGUCCACAAUCUCCAAAACCAGAGGGUUAUCAUUCCCGCGCCUCGACUCAGAAAGGAGGAUCCAGGAGUGGGGGCAGAUCGGUUCCAGAGAUGCGGGACAGCAGCACCGAGUCCCAUGACUACUAUGAGGAGUAUCACAAUCGGAAAAAGGUCGGAACUCAUCCUGCUAGCAGCAGUCCAAGGGACAGCGGUCAGCGUACUGUGGACAGUAGUAGCUUUGAGUCCCAUGACUACCGUGAGGAGUUUCAUAGCCGGAAGAAGGUGGGAGCGCAUCCUGCUAGGAGUCCAAGGGACGGUGGUCAGCACAGACGUGCCCUGGACGACGGUGGUAGCUUUGCGUCCCAUGACUACGAUGAGGAGUUCCAUGGUAGGAGGAAGGAGCGAGCGCGUUCUAGGAGUCGGAAAUCCAGCUCCAGGCACUCGUACAGGAGGCGUGCGUACGAGGGAUCGACUUGGAGCAACGAGGAGAGCAACUUGAAGCAAAGAUGGUAGGGCAGGGGAACAUAUUGGACAAGAUGCUAGUCGCUGCUAUCUAUAAAGGAAGAGAAGAUCACCUUGAAUGAGAAUUGUCAGAAGUUGGAGAUCACAAUCAUGGAGAUUUUCAACAAAGUUUGGGUGGCUGUCCAGGAAUAGGAUCAGUGCCAGUGCCUAGUUUCUGCUACUUUUGAACUAUAUUUGUGUUGCCUUGUAGCUUUCGGUGGUCUAAGUACUGCUUUUGUUUUCUUUGGACUGUAAUCAUUCACUUGUGAAUGUGAUAUUAUUCCUUUAUUUAAAAAAAAAGCACCAGACAAACA